AUGUCUGCGCCAUCAUCCCCUUCACCCUCUCAGUCAACUGCUGUGCACACGCGGACGAACACUGCUGUCGACGAAUAUCCUGAAUUCCAAAAGUCUCCAAGUCCAGAUAGGGAUUCGUCGCCAGCACCCUCGCUCGAGGCAACGAUCCCCCCGACUCAUGCAAACAGGACGCUCGUCCUGUGCUUUGACGGAACCGGGGACCAAUUCGACAGUGAUAACUCCAAUGUUGUCAACUUCUUCUCGCUCCUCAAGAAGGAUGAUCCUAGAACACAGCUGGUGUAUUACCAGUCCGGUAUUGGAACGUAUAGCAUCCCUGAGGUAGCUUCACCUAUAGCAGCAAAACUCAGCAGAAUAGUCGACAGCAUGAUUGGCAUUCAUCUUGACGCGCAUGUUAUGGACGAAGCAGGGGAUAAGAUUUGUAUUUUUGGAUUCUCCCGUGGUGCCUAUACGGCUCGAGCACUCGCAGGGAUGAUUCACAAGAUCGGCCUUCUUCCUCGAUGCAAUCACCAACAAGUCCCAUUUGCUUAUCGCAUGUAUUCGCGCGAGGACGAUAUCGGCUGGGCACAAAGCACGGCUUUCAAAAAGGCUUUUUCCAUCGACGUCGAUAUUGAAUUUCUAGGUGGAUCAUUCCCCGCCGUCUCCCCUUCACCGCAUCAAAUACGCACGUGCGACAUUUCCGUCAUGCCUUAUCCCUGGAUGAGCAUCGCGUCCGCUUCAUACCCUCCUUAUGGCAUCGUAUUCACCCCACAACGGCCGCCCAACUGGGUGUACAACCCUGGCGAAAUGCCCAAAUCCAAACCCGAACCCCAGCAUCAGCACUCCUUGAAGCCACACCGCGAGAAGUCUCUCGUCGAGCAUGAACGAGAGUAUGAGGCAAACUCAACUUGUCAUACGGAUACACCGACAGAUGUGGAAGAAGUGUGGUUCGCGGGGUGUCAUUGCGACAUCGGCGGAGGAUCCGUGGCUAACGACGUUCGUAACAAUCUAGCGCGUAUUCCCUUCCGCUGGAUGAUUAGGCAAUGCUUCCUCCUCAAUACGGGUAUUAUGUUCCAUCGUGAGCUGCUCAAACAGUUUGGACUGGAGCCUUCGAUGCUAUAUCCAGUCGUAAAGCCUCGUCCUCCACCCAUUACAGGAGCUCCUCUCCCGGUCGAGUCUAGCGGUGAUACCGUCUGCGAAGAAACUGAAGAUCUCCGCGACGCGCUCUCUCCAAUGUUCGAUCAGCUCUCCCUUGUACCCGCAUGGUGGAUCCUGGAAUUACUUCCAGCCAAAGUGAGAUAUCAGAAGAGAGAUGACACCUGGGGCAAGACUUUGACUCCCCACAGCUUGAACAGAGGCCAGCCAAGGCACAUUCCGCGACAAGACGUACAGGGCGUCAAAGUCCAUCGUACAGUGAAAUUGAGGAUGGAGUCUGAGCACGUUGCAGGAGGCAAAUAUGAGCCCAAGGCUGGCUGGACCGUGGAGCCAACCUGGGUUGACUGA